AUUGACAACGUAAACAGAAACAUAUCCCAUAAGUCCUAGCAGAAACAAAAUGGCAGCGCCCAUGAAGCAGAAUAGAAAACAGACGUUGACUGCUUUUGUGGAAGUUUUUGGCGUAGUAUUCAUUAUUCACACUCUAACAGUUCUCUUGGGCGUAGUUGCCGAUGAAUAUGAAGGUUACUUGUUAUGUCGAGCUUGUGGUAAUGAAGUAACACAGACAUCAGAGUUAAUGACGGUUGCCAGUAAACUAGCACAUCGACAAAGAAAUGAUACAUUAUCAGGCUCUGAUCCUGUGUUGAUACAACUUUUUAAAAAUCCACAAGGCCAGUUUUUUGAAGUUAUAACAACAAAAUCAGCAGAAGUACAAAAAGUUGAUAAAAGUCAUGAAAAAGACAGUUGGUUUCCUGGAUUUGAUUGGACGAUAGUGGUCUGUCCACGCUGUGGGUCACAUCUUGGAUGGUUAUUCCAAGCAGUUCAUAAACAUUCUCAUAAUUCACCUGUAUCUUCAUUUUAUGGUCUAGUUUUAAAUAAUUUAUUACACGAAAAAGAAGCAGAUACUAUAAUAGCAGUACCAAAAGUCUAUCAGAGCUGACAUGAGUAGUUUCCCCUUAGUUACAUUUUUAACUUAAAUUUUUGUUCACAUGUUUUUUUUGUUUCAAGAUUAACGAGGGUGAAUAAUUACUUGGCUUGUGCCUUA